AUGGCUCUCCCGGGAGGCGGGUUGUCAACAUCUUUUAGAUCUCUCAAGGCUAAUCUUGGUCUUUCAUCCAUCGUGGCUUCAACUGGAAUUGUUCUCCCAAUCGGCCUCUCUUUUGCAGUUAUGCCUAUGCUUAACGCAACUCCAUUGCAAUCCUUUGCUGCUGGUGCUGCUUUGUGCUCUACAAGUCUCGGUACAACGUUUACUAUCCUCGGCACAAGCGGUCUUUCUGCAACACGUCUCGGCGUUGUUUUGACAAGUGCUGCCAUGAUGGAUGAUGUCAUAGGCCUAAUCAUGGUCCAGGUUAUCUCAAACCUCGGUGGCGAUGCCUUUGAUGCCAUCACAGUCGUCAGACCUGUCGUUGUCUCUCUUGGUUUUGCAAUUAUCAUUCCUGUUCUUGGCAGAUUCAUCGUUCUACCUCUUACUGUUCGACUCAAUGCUUUCCGAAAGGCCAAUCCGACUUCUAGAAUUUCAAAGAUUUUCGGUAUGAGUCAGACUGCUUUUGUUAUUCAUACCGCAUAUCUCCUAGGUAUAGUCAUUGGUGCGACUUUUGCAGGCACUUCAAGCCUCUUGGCUGCUUAUAUAGCGGGUGCGACUAUCAGUUGGUGGGAUUCCGAUGUUCCUCAUCUCGAAGCCCGAGAGACCGAUACCAAUGCGACUGAAGCCACGGGAGAAAGUGUGAUUACUGAAGAGUUGGCAACCCAAGAGCCGGCUCCAGAGAGCAGGGUUCUCACAAAGGUCAUGGAAGGUGGUUCAGGUGCCGAGAUCUUUCACCAUUACUAUGAACCUGCCCUUCAACACAUUCUCAAGCCUUUUUUCUUUGCCUCUAUUGGAUUUUCCGUGCCCAUCACAAAGCUAUUCACAGGCCCCAUCGUAUGGCGCGGCGUGAUCUACACCAUCCUUAUGAUAUUUGCCAAGCUUGCUUGUGGUCUUUGGCUUAUGUCAUUCGAAAACCCUUUCCGGGCUCUUGUGCAGCUUUCUCAUAAACUUUCGCCCAAGCUCAAAAAGUCUUCUAAAGGAUUGGUGCCUGGUGCUCAAUGCGCAGACAACUCAUCACCUCGCGAUGGGGCUAGUGCAGCGCAGGAAGGAGAAGGACGUGAUGCUGUCCCUCUGGAACCCGUCGCUGACACAGAUACAUCUCAGGCGUCUCCACAAAUGCGUAACUCGACACCGAAGCCCAAGAAAGCCUUGUCUCUGUAUCCAGCGUGUAUUGUUGGCAUCGGCAUGGUAGCGCGAGGUGAGAUCGGAUAUCUGAUCUCGGCACUGGCUGAAAGCAAGGGUAUCUUUGGUGCAACGGCGGAUGGCCAGUCCUCUGAGAUCUUUCUGAUUGUCACCUGGGCUAUUACACUCUGUACGAUCAUUGGGCCGAUCUCUGUGGGAUUGAUCGUGAGCAGGGUUAGAAAAUUGGAGAAUGAGAGUCGCAAGGCAAAGGGGGAGGGAAGGAAGAAUGUUCUUGGGGCCUGGGGAGUGAGCUAG